AUGGCAAAAUUGGGAAUCUCGGAAAUCGUCGUCUUCUCCGUUGGCACCGGCGCCGGGAAUGGACUCCGGAGCUGGUUUUCCGGCGACUGGUUACGGUGCCUUGCUCUGCUCUUCUCUGUUUCUGUCGCUCGUGGGGCUUCUCUGGGUCUUCAAAAUAUGAAAUCUUCAAAUCCAAAUGAGUCAUCACAAGGAAAUGAGCAACCACAAGCACAAGGAAAUGAGCAAACACAAGCACAAGGAAAUGAGCAAACACAAGUACACGAGGUUAGAGAAUAUGAGGUGGAUGAGGAAAUCAAUUAUGUUGAUUUUAAUGAAGUUAAUGUAAACGACUUGGAGGUUAAUGAUGAUGGCGUACAAAAUGAAAAUAUAGAUGUUGGAGAUGAAAAAGGUGAUGAUGAGAAGGAAUGUGAAAAGAAUGAUGAUCAAGACCAAUUUCAAAGGAAGAAAAGAAAGAGGGUAUCAAAAGCCUACGCUGAUUUUACUGAAGUUACUACAAAGGAUGGAAGUAUAAAGCUACAAUGUAUACAUUGUAAAACAUUCCUUUCUAAGUCAGCGUCUUCUACAACAACUCAUCUUUGGAACCAUUUGAAUAGGUGUACACAAAAGAAGCUUCAUACAAAAAAUCAAAAAACCUUGCAAUUUCAGAAUGCAAAAUCCAAGUUUGAGACACCUCUUUUGUCAGAUGGUAAAUAUGAUCAUAUGAAGCAAAGAGAAGCUAUUGCUCAUUGGAUUCUGAUUCACGAGCAACCGUUAAAUGUUGUGGAAAAUUAUGGAUUUACUUUUAUGUUCAAAGCUAAUCUUCCACAGUUUGAAAAAAUCUCUCGUGCCAUGGCAAUGAAUGAUGUCAUUACUGUUUAUGAAAUAGAGAAGAAAAAGUUACAAUCAAUGUUAAGAACCAUCAAUAAGAUAUCAUUGACCACUGAUAUUUGGAAGUCUAAGGUGCAAAAGAUUUCAUAUAUGUGUGUCACUGGACACUUUGUUGAUUCAAAUUGGCAACUUCAAAAGCGUGUACUUAGUUUCAUGCCUCUUCCUCCUCCACAUACUGGUGUUGAUAUCAUUGAUGGGGUUAUGAAGUCCACAAAAGAUUGGGGGAUAGAGCAUAAAAUCUUCACUAUUUCCGUGGAUAAUGCUUCAAACAAUGAUGUUGCAAUUAGAAUUGCCAAACAAACUUUCUCCAGGAGCCAUAAGCUACCUUUGGGUGGUAAGCUAUUUCAUGUGAGGUGCACUGCUCAUAUAUUGAAUCUUGUUGUUCAGGAUGGUAUUUCUACAAUUAAAACCAUUGUUGAAGAUGUUAGGAAUAGUGUGCGAUUUAUUAAUCAGUCUGAGUCUAGGUUGUUGAAGUUCUCUGAAAUUGUGCAUCAUUUGGGAAUUUCGGUGAAAAAGUUAAUUCUUGAUUGUGUUACUCGUUGGAAUUCUACAUAUGAAAUGUUAGUUGUAGCCAUUAAACUGAAGGAUGCAUUUCCAAUAUUUGCACAAAGAGAACCUUCAUAUAAAUGUUGUCCUAGCUUGGAAGAUUGGACUAGAAUACAGGAUGUUCUUAGCAUCUUAGAGGCGUUUUAUGAAGCUACUCACGUGAUCUCUGGAACUAACUACCCCACUUCUAAUGUUUUUCUUGGUGUUGUUUGGAGGGUCAAGCAUGUCUUAAAUGAAAAUGAGUUUCAUCAUGAAGAGCUGAUUAGAAAUAUGAUUGAAAAGAUGAAGACCAAAUUUGACAAAUAUUGGGGUGAUUGCAAUCUUUUGAUGUCUAUUGGAGCAAUACUUGAUCCUAGGUACAAAAUGAGGUUGGUUAAUUUUUCUUUCAACCAAAUAUAUAAUGCAAAUGAUGCACGUAUAAAUGUGACGAAGGUCAAGGAUGCAUUAUAUGACUUGUUCUAUGAAUAUGUUCAAAUUGAUAACAUGAAAAUUCGAAAAGGUAGUUCUUAUGUGACACAUAUGGGGAGUUCUUCUGUUACUUCUACAGGCUCUACUUCUAAAGGAAAAGUUGUCCUUUCUGGUUUGCAUUUGUAUGAUAAAUAUUUGGACAGUGUUGAAGAUGAAACUCCAAACAAAUCAGAGUUGGACAUUUACUUGGAAGAAGGGGUUUAUAGGUGUCAAGAUGGUGAAGUAACUUCUGAAUUUGAUGCCUUAUCUUGGUGGAAAUCUCAUGAAUUGAAGUUCAGUAUUUUGUCUAAAUUAGCACGUGAUGUUUUAGCUAUUCCAGUUAGCACCGUGGCAUCAGAAGCCACAUUUAGUGCAGGUACCCGAGUUUUAGAUCCUUAUCGUGCUAAACUAUCUUCUGAUAUGGUGCAAGUUUUGAUUUGUGGAGCAGAUUGGGUUCGUCAACUUCAUGGGAUCGAUAAGCCUAUUAUGACAUAUGAGGAAGAAGAACCAAUUGAUGUCAUAUUGCAAGCAUGA